AUGGAAGCACAAAGAACCAGCAGAAAUUUGCUAGAAAGUGAUGAAUUUUUGUUUGUUACUUACAGCAAUGAAGAAGCUUUCAGAUGUUUAUUUGCAGUAGUCAAAUUAGAAUCCUUAGGGCAAACAAUUUCUGUAGACUUCACUUCAAGAAAUGAUUUCAAUCAGAAGUCUUCUCUAAAAGCAUCUAAACACGAAGCUUUUUUCCAUCUCUCUAUAUAA